UCCUUCUCUCCACUCCGGACAACCAACAACUUCCAAAGCAAACACGACGUCAUGUGAAAACGGAUAUUAUUUAUACUCUUCUAGUGACUAUUAUUGCAUCCCUAACAAGUCAUACGACAUUCCUUGCACACUAACGACAUACGUUGUGGUAGCAUUUGCU